AUGGCCUCCCGAAAGCGCGCCUUAGCCGCCGGCGAAGGCGAGGAGGAGGGCGAGGCUGUGCCGGUCGCGGGUGGAUUCGAGGCGCCCAUCUUUGGCGCCCGCGUCGUUGGCCAGGUCACCACGCUGGCGCUCGAGGGCGAGGACGGCCCUCCGGCAUCGCUCCUGCGUGCCGUCGCAAGCGAUCGCUCGGGCGGCUGGUACGUGACGACUGAGCACUCGCUGCUGCAUGUGUCGGCGGCCGGGCGCAUCCACACCAUCGCGACCUGCGAGGAUUGCCGCGGUAUUGCCCUCAGCCCCGACGGCAGCGCGAUCGCGCUGUUUGUGGCGGAGUUCGGCGGCCACAAGAUCCGGCGGGUGGAGGUGGCGACGGGCGCUGUGAGCACGCUCGCCGGCAGCGGCGCCCAGGGCAGCGCGGACGGCAUGGGCGACGCGGCGCAGUUCUCGCGCCCAAUCGGCGUCGCCGUCAGCCCCGACGGCAGCGCGCUGUUUGUGGCGGACUUUGGCAGCCACAAGAUCCGGCGCGUGGAGGUGGCGACGGGCGCGGUGACGACUGUCGCGGGCAGGGGCACUGCUGGCAGCGCUGAUGGCGUCGUGGGCGACGCGGCCCAGUUCAAUGGCCCACACGGCGCCACCAUCAGCCCAGACGGCAGCGAACUGUUUGUGGCGGACUGCUGGAACAACAAGAUCCGGCGCGUGGAGGUGGCGACGGGCGCGGUGACGACUGUCGCGGGCAGUGGCACUACUGGCAGCGCUGAUGGCGUGGGCGGCGCGGCGGAGUUCUCGCGCCCAAUCGGCGUCGCCCUCAGCCCCGAUGGCAGCACUCUUCUGGUCCGCGCGGGAGGUUCUCUCCGCCAGGUCUGCGUGGCUGCGCCUCCUCCGCCUCCCUCCUUUGCGCCGCUCGUGGUGCCGCCCUCGACCCUCGUGGCAGACCUGAAGAAGAUGCGGGGCGACGCCAGCCUCCCCGACGGCAAGGUCACCUUCAUCGUCGGCGAUGACGAUGAGCGCAUCGAACACGUGAGCAAGAGCCUGCUCUGCGUGCGGUCCGAUACCUUCCACGACCGGGUGUUGCGGCGCGCGCGCGGGGCAGGACACCAAAACGGGUGA